CACGGGUAGGGCUGAUGGGAAGAAGGCAAUCCACGGGGGCGAACUACUUUUAAUUGGCGGAGCUUUAUUUUUUUUUAAACUUGUGCCUAGUCACAGCACACAUGUGGGAUAGGAGUUCUCAUACAUUGAAAAUACAUUAGUGACGUCUUACAAUUAACUGCAUAUAUUUCCUUGUAGGGGAUAUUAAGUUCAAUCUGGUGAAUCUUGAAAUGUACUCUUGAGCGUUGGAAAUAAAUUGUUUUCUGUUGUUUUUUAAUUGAGAAGGCUAAUUUUUUUUUUCUGUGGAUAGAUAAAUUUUUGUUUUUAUUUUGUGAACUGUGUGGACAUCACGGCUAGGAAAGAACUCAAGGGGCAUUAAUUGCAUUGGAUCGUGACGGAUAUUUGUUAUAUAGAAAUCAAUAAACAGAAAUUGUUUGCCACUCAAGAUGCAAACUUCAAGAAUGAAGUUAAGACUUUUGACGCUAAUGCUCGCCACUACUGCAAUAAUGUCAGAAGCAGUCCAAAAAUCUGGAAAUACUACAGAGCAUGGGAAUAAAAAUGUCUGGGUUUCAAGUACAGCGAAACCAAGAACACACACACCAACAAUAACUAUGUUAAAUCCUACAUUGGCUACUUCAACGAAGGCAAGUCUCUCUAACCGGAUCCCCGAGGAAGAAACGCCUCGAUCGGACGGAGUCAAGGAUUCUUCCGUUACUCCGUUAAAGGAGAUCUUGCAUGAAAUCCACGAAGAAACAAAGCCUAGCAAUGGUACAAAGCUGGACGAUGAAUCUGACAGCAAGGAGUACACGCCUCCUCACAUCACGUAUCCUGUGUCUCAAGAGUUGAUGGUUGUCUAUUCAGACAUGUUUCACAUUAAAUGUGCAGCAGAUGGACACCCUUUUAUAAGCUAUACUUGGUACAGAGACGAUAUUCUACUGGGCGACACUGAUAAUCACGUGAAAGCCUACAGUAACGGCUCUUUGCUUUUGCUGCGGUAUUCCAACAGAGAGUCUGGCUACUAUCAAUGCCGUGCCAAAAACCAACACGGGACUUCCGUUUCUGUCAAGAUUCCAAUCUUUAGAGAUAUCAAAGCUGAAAGUCAUUCAGUGGAAAGCUUGCCACCCAUUGAAGUGACUGAAGGGGACCCACUCAGUCUCCCAUGUGACAAUGUGACAGAUACAAUUCCAGCCUAUAUCAAACGAUGGUAUUAUGAAAGUAAAAAUGAACAGGCGGAAAUUACUAAAAGAAUCGGAGUCAAUGAUAAAGGCACACUGAUGUUUGCUUAUGUUACAAAAGAAGAUCAUAAAAAUUUCCGAUGUGGUCUUGUGCCGCCCAAAGAGUCCACCACUAUCACUUUAUACCAGCCAAUACCAGUGAAUGUCAAAGAAUCACCUGCUAGAGAUAAAAUAGUCAAGUUGGCGUAUAAAAGUAACAACGUCAAGGGCUAUGUGGGCAAAAGUGUCAAACUCGUUUGUUUCUUCUCUGGCCGUCCUGAACCAACUGUAGAAUGGAUGGACAACAAAAACAAAAUCAUCAAAGAAAGCAACAGGUUUAAGAUUGAUGAUUUUGGUCGUAGUUUGGAAAUCAAAAACAUCACAGAGGAUGACGAAGGUCGAUUCACUUGUACAGGAAGAAAUAAUCUGGGACUGGACUCACAAACUAUUGACCUCAAUGUGACAUCUGGCCCACUGCGUAUCCCAAGUAUUGCAGCAGAGACUGUAGCAUUGACCAAACGUAUUGUCCCAGAAGGAAAAAAUGUGACUUUGAACUGCAAAGCGAGACCAGCUUUUGGUGAGCACACAGAGACACCUGUGUGGUACAGAAAUGGAGAAAUACUUGUUAAAGAAAAUUUGACAGAUCCUGAAAGAUACAGCUUUAAUACGGACAGAACGUCAUUGAUCAUUAGGAAUCUGACAAGACCAAAUGAUACGGCUUGCUAUCAGUGUAAUAUAUCUAAUAGUGAAGGCUAUUUGUUCUACGAUGGCUACCUGAGAGUUAUUGAAUCCAUCAAGAUAACCAGAAAACCUGAGAGCUACAUCAAAGUAAGAGAGGUUGAAGGAGACAUUGACCUGUCUGUACACGUCACUAGUGAUGCCUGCUGUCUUAGAAGCUACGUUUGGCUCUUGAACGGAACAGAAAUGAAGAUAUCAGAUUUCAAUAAGUCACCAGUUUUCAACUACAGCACAGAUUGCAUAUUACGCUUUCAAAAAGACUAUGUUGAUGAGUCCGAGUGGAUGAAGUACUUAGGCAACUAUACGUGCAUAGUGUCCAACAGUUAUGAGCAAGUCCAGGUUUCUGCAACACUUAGUCUUGAAGCAGAACCUAUACAAGACUCAUUGCAAGACGAAGAGGCCGGAGUCCAGUUGUGGGUCAUUUUAUUGAUAGUUGGACUACUAAUACUUCUUGUUGCUGUGAUCAUUGUGGUGGUCUUCAUUAAAACUAACUUCCCUAGAAACACAUACCCACUGGAGAAAACAGAGUUAAAACACCACCUUAACCCGGAAGAAGAUCUGCUCAACCAAUCAUUCCAAGAGAUAUAAAUAACUUUGCGCUGACGCAACUAGCACACAUAAAGUGUCAUUUCCUAUUCGAUUGUUUGCAUAUCAAGUAAAUACACAGAACUAUUUAAGACUAAAAUAACACUAAUAGUUAAUGUUACGGAACCAAUGCUACUUUAAAAAAUUUAAACACUUAAUUUAAUAGAUAUUGGAAAGUCUUCAAAUCGUUGCUCUGAUUGAACAAAACUCUAAAACAAUCAGUCAUAGCUUUAAUUGUAUGAAAUGCAUUCACUACAUAAAGAUAAUAGAGUACCUGUUUCCACUGACCUAAACUGGAAAUGUUAAGUCUACUCAUCCAUGACCCUUUCUUUGUCUAAUAUUUGUUAUACCAUUGAAACUUACAUUAUAUGUAUAUUUUGUAUGUUCAAAUAUGUCAUUAUUAUUGUUUGCACAAUUUAUGUUCCGAUUUGCAGCAUUGACUAUAAGGAGUGCUUGUGGCUUUAUGUGUCAGUCCUCGUAGGCAGCCCAGACAAUAUAAUCGCCUCCAUGCUUGUAGAGGCAUAUGUCUUAAAAUAAAUGUGCAAAGAAAAAAGAAAAUUCUGACUUCGCUGCAACGUGACCGAAUUUGAUAGAAACCAAUCCAAACUUGGAAUACACUCACAUCUGCAGAAGUUAUAAUUUCAAAAAAAUCUUUUUCUGUUUUUUUUUUAAAUAUCUUUAUUAUAUUAAAAAAAAAAUUAGCAAAAAAUCAAUUAUAGCAAGCAUUAACCCAUACCUAUUUAAUAAUUGAGUGAAUAACAAGAGAACUUGUUUCUCAAACUCCACCCCCACCCCCAAGCCACACAAAAAAAAAAACAAAAAAAAAAACAAAACAAAAAAAACAAAAACAAAACAACAAAGAUACUUAUUACCAUUACUGGUCACAUUCUCUAGUCACCUGCUACUGGUCGCCUAUUAAUGCUCAUGUGUCCCCUGUAACAUUUUGUCUAUUACUGAUCGCUUGUUUCUGGUCAUAUGUCUCAGGACCACGAACUAAUGGUCAACAGGCACUGGUAAACUAUUAUUAGUUAAGACAGAUAAAAAAUAAAAAGCUAACACUUUAUACUUUCUUUUCUUUUAAAUGAAUUCUCAAACCUAAAAAAAAUUUAAACUAUUGUCCACCCAUUUUGAAAUGUUUGACUUUAGUUGAAUUGAUGCAUGCCACAUGUUCCUGUGGAUCGUGACCAAAUAAUCUAUUGUUAAAUUUUGUUUUCUGAAAAGCACAAUUAAAUAACAAAAUCCCUUCUGGAUAAUUAAGCUCAUUUUAUCCAUCAUCAAUAUGACUAUAAUGCUUAAUAAGUUACGUGAAGUUAGUUUCGAUGUGUAAUAAAUGGCGUACAUGAAAGUUAGGUUCUGUAUUCAAUCACUGUAAAGUCAUUUCAAUGUAUGGUUCUUGUUGUCUGUCACUGAUAUCAUGACAUUCAUUUGCAGGAUGCUUUUAAUCAUCUUACUCGUAAGCAUAUCAUUCUUUAAGCAGCAUUACAGAGACUGGACUAACAACAGUGACAGGAACCAGGAACUACUUGUGAACAAAAUACAAUAUGACGAGAUCGGUUUUUGUUUUCAACUGAGACACUACACCUCUCUAACGACCUACUUCCGGUCGUACCUAACUCCUACUCACUGUACAUGUAUUUACUUUUUCACGUUCUGUAUUCAAAAAAUUCACUAAAUUAUAAUCAGGUACAAUAAGUUCACUAUUUUCACUGUGACAUUGUCUUUAUGUAUUGUUCAGUUUGUUAAACUAGACAAUGUAUUCAAAGUACAUUUUAGUACGGCAGCAAUAGAACGCUUUGUGAAAGAUACACAUUUGUAUAAGCCUGUAUCUAAGAAGACAUAGAAAAUAGAGCCCUGAGAUUUAUAACAAAUGAAUACAUUCAGAGUAAAAACUUUAAUAAAAUCACUAAAUUUAGAAAUCUUUCAGGACUAAAAAGAAAAGUAGCAAUAAUACCUAACGAACUGAACCAUAAUACCUAAAAUACUGAAACAUUAUACCUAAAGUACUGAACAAUAAAGCCUAAAAUGCUGAACCAUAAUCUACAAAUACAAAAAACAAAACCUAAUAAAAUACUUAGAAAAACACAAAGAUAAAUGCACAUUUCUUAUUCAAAUGCUAGAACAAAUUUAUACAAAUGAUCCUUAUUUCCCACUGCUACUAAAGCAUGGAAUGGGUUGCCUGAAUCAGCCAGGAAAACCAAUGACUUGGCAGAGUUUAAGUUACUGAUUAACAUGCACGACUUGACUGACACAGGGAACACGCGUAGGACGUAAUCAUCUUCUCUUUUUAAGUAGCGUCUGCAAUCAACAAUCUAGAGUUAUCAAAUCUUUGUAUUAUCCAGUGCUAUUGAAAACUGUAUGUGUUAUGACUAAAGCGCAUUUUAACAUACACAUAUUUACCUUUUAUGGAAUAUUGCGCAAAUUUGUUAACUUUUGGGUAACAAUUAAUGAUACAAUUAUAUGAUCAGCUUAUGAACUUUUGAAUUCAUUGUGUACAUUUGUAUUUUUAUGUAUUUUUAUGUGCCUUUUGCUUACCAAUUUGAAGUAACUCGUAUUUUAAAUUUCAUUUCCUUUUUUUUUUUUU